AUGCUUCGUAAUAGUUUCAAGGUAGUGAUCCCCAAAAUCAGUGGCUGUUCGUUCUCUCCAUUUCCUAUAAAUGGAAAUCCAUCCUCAUCCUCCAUGUUCUCAAAUACGAAAGCUGUUUCAGGAUCCGUGUCGGCCAAGUAUGCCUUCGUGCGCACGAGUUCCCGCACGCGUAAAAUCGAGUUUUUUUCGAUCCUUGAAGCCAGCGUAUAUAUCGGACACUACGCUGAACCUGGGUGUAUGAAGGAUAGCCUAGCACUGGUCUCGGGACAUCAGGUGCUCGCAGUAGGUUGCUCCAAAUUAGACGAGGUGGAACAGCGUUUUCAUCCAUCCGAUGAAUGA